CCCCUCUGCUCCCCUCCAGGACAUCCGUAACACGGUGGGAAACAUCCCCAUGGAGUGGUACCAGGACUUCCCACACAUCGGCUACAACCUGGAUGGCAAGAAGAUCUACAAACCCAUCCGGAACAAGGACGAGCUGGACAUGUUCCUGGAGAAGAUGGAGAACCCUGACUACUGGAGGACGGUGCAGGACAGGAUGACGGGGGCGGACGUGAAGCUGACGGACGAGCAGGUGGAGCUGGUGCAGCGCCUGCAGAAGGGGCAGUUUGGGGACGUCAACUUCAACCCCUACGAGCCGGCCGUGGACUUCUUCACCCACGAGGUCAUGAUCCACCCGGUGACCAACCGCCCCGCGGACAAAAGGAGCUUCAUCCCCUCCCUCAUCGAGAAGGAGAAGGUGAGGGAGGGUCCUGCUCCCCCA